CUGGGGCAGCGGGUCACCGUCACUAACGGACACUACCUGGUCUGGGGCAGCGGGUCACCGUCACUAACGGACACUACCUUGUCUGGGGCAGCGGGUCACCGUUAGGCCGAGGCUCCGCCAACUGUCACUGGCGGAGCCUCGUGCGGGAUUGUUGGCGCGCUGACGUCAGGCGGCGGGCGGAAGGACGGACGGGCGCGCGCCGCGGGUGACGGCAGAGUCCGGCGGCGGGCGGGCGGCCAUGGGGAAAGUUCAGGAGUUGCUGUUGACGCUGAGGAACAACAAAGUGGUGUAUGGCCCCGGCGAGCUCAUCGCCGGCGAAGUGAGGAUCAAGCUGGCCGCGCAUCUCAACUUCAAAGCUGUGAAAGUCAACUGCAUUGGAUCAUGUGGGGUUGCCAACAAAGCAAAUGACACAGCCUGGCAGGUGGAGGAACAGUACUUCAGCAGCACACUUGUUGUUGCGGAAAAGGGAGCCCUGGCAGCUGGAGAAUAUACUUACCCAUUCCAAUUUCUUCUACCAGCAACAAUUCCUACUUCGUUUGAAGGUUUAUUUGGGAAGAUAAGUUACCGCAUCAGGGCUACAAUAGAAACUACACGAUUCUCCAAAGAUUAUAAAACUGAGAAGGUCUUUUAUAUUCUUAACCUGCUCAAUCUGAAUGAGAUCAAUGAUAUUGAGCAACCAAAUAUUGCAACGUUGACCAAGAAGUUUAGCUACUUGAUUGUGAAAAGUGGGGUUAUCAUCUUAACAGUGAGCACUGAUCUGAAAGGAUACACCUCAGGACAGAUCAUUCAUCUUACUACAGCAAUCCAAAACAAAUCUGGGAAGGAUAUAGGUAAUAUUGUCGCCAGUCUCAUCCAGAAAGUUACCUAUAAAUCAAAGCGAAUAAUCUAUGACCUACGGACAAUUGCAGAGGUUGAAGGAUCAGGGGUAAAGUCUUGGAAACAAGCAGAAUGGAAGGAGCAGAUCAUUGUGCCGCCAUUACCUCAGUCGUCUCUGCAUGGCUGUAAUUUAAUACAAGUAGAUUAUUUCAUUCAGGUUUCUAUCCGAUCGCCAGAAGUUUUGGUCAGCCUGCCCAUGUACAUUGGCAAUAUUGCAGUCAACAGUCCACCGCUGACUCCAUCAGGGCAACCACAGCCUACUGCAGGGACAGUGCUACCCACAGCUCCUCCAGCCGAGGAUGUUGGGGCAACAGGGUACCAGCCCAUGGAUAGCGUCAUUCUCCCAACCAAAAGCCACUCUCAGCAGCAGACUUUGUCGCCUCAUGCUUUUAGCUACACGUCGGGCUUUGAAAGCGAUGCCAGUGGACAGAUUCCUGGUCCCAGGCUAUGUAUUUCAACUGGUGCUACUGUCCCAUACUAUGCAGAUGGACCUGUUGUUGCAGAUCUCACCGAAAAUCCUCUCAUUUUACCUCCCGAGUACAGUAUGUGGGCCCAGCCGUACGAGCCUCCCCCAACAUAUGAAGAGAGUUGCAGCAGUGCUAAUUCCAGCAUGAGUGCAGGAAACUAAUUGGCAACAGACUUCAUAGAUGUACUACUGUUUGUGCACAGAAAUGCCUUUAGUGAUGUUUUACUGAAAAACACAGCCUGACUUUACUGAAGCACCACUGCAAAUGCAUUCUGAAGUUUGAAGAAGUUGAUAUUUUGUUAUUACGAUGUACUAUCAACACUUGCAGAUAUUUCUCCAGCUUUGAAUGCUAUGUGCAAUGUCUGCCUAUUUACUGCUCAUUUGCUGGGGGCAGGAACUAUUGUUGCUGUUAACAAUCUGUGUUCACCUUUCUUACGAGUAUUUUUGGGAUGAAGAGCAUCGAAGGGUGAAAGUAUAAAUAUAACAGGCCACCCUCCAGUUUCAUGUAUAUAAAUAUAGUUUUCUGUUGAACAGCUCCACCCUAUUAUAGACUGUUAAUUAUUCAGUCUAGUUGUAUAGAACAAGUUGAAAAUAUAAGACAACUCUGAGCCUUAAGAACCGUGAAGUGAUGAUGCUUGCGCCUUGAUUUUGCUUGUUCGGGUGAAGGGAUAGCUGCGAUUGUAGAUGGUUUAUAUGCAAUAGAAAUUCAAUCCCAAUUCUGUUCAAGUUUGAGCAGUUUAUAUUUAACUAUGUAGUAGGUUAUGUACAUCGCAGGCUAUUGUAACGAAGCUUAUGUAUGCUGGUCUUUGGAAGGACCAAUACUAACCAAAAUGCAUUAAGGAUCCUUUCACCUUGAAGUGUUAUGUUGCACCUUUUCUAUAGAUUAUUUCCUGAAAGAGAGAGAUCCAUAUCCAUAUUUGCUGUAUUUAUGUUGUAUGUUUGCUAAAGUUGUAGCAUCAUUUUUAAACUAGCACGUAAAAAUGGCAAGUUCAAAAUCCUGUAUGAGUUACUUCAUUUUAUAACUUAGGCCUUAUUGAAGUCAGAGGAAAGCCAAACCACUCACUGGAAUGUUUACUUAAUGCAUCUUUUUUAACUACUGUAUUUGUAACCUUCAGGAUUUUUUAAUGUGCACAUGAUGAAGUGCUAUAUAACAUUUAACCUCAAGCACAGGUUUAGUACUGAAAUAUAUUUUCAUGGUUAAAUCAAGAACGCUGCAGUCUGUUGCAAGUCACUUCUUGUCUGUAAAUGUUUUCUCUGAGUUAAUUUCCCUUUUUAUUAAUGUCUAUAAAGUGAGACUGUGCAUUUAGAUACAGGAAACCUGCGAGCAUGUCAACCUAAUUUUUCAUAUGAUGCAUAGAGUUUGAAUAUACGUAAUGUUGCUAUUUUGAACACGUCCCUAUGCAAGCUCUUGAUUAGCUCGUGCUGCAAUUCCACUGUGAGUACUUUCCUGCUGGAGGGAAGAGUUUCCAGCAGUACUUUAGGGAACAUUUGCAGAAGGACAUAGAUUUUGGAAAGGGAUGGAUUGGGAGGAAGCUCGACAUUGGCACAACUGUCAGGAAUCGCCCUUAAAGAGGAUACUAUGAAUGGAACAGGGACAUGGCUGAACCGGAAAACAAUUAUUUUUACUUGCUGAACACCACUUCGUCCUGUUAUUGAACAUAGUUCAAGAUACACUUAUUGCUAAAUUCUUAUGGAGUGAAACAAAAUAUAAUAAUGUUGUGAAACUGGUGAUAAUAGUGGUCAAGCUCACUCUUACUUUUGCUGCUAUUCAUGUGUAACAGAUCGGUUCUGAAUUUCUUCUCGUAAUAAUUUUGUUAAGACAGAUGUGUUCACUGAAGAGUAUUUUCCUUUCGAAGGCUGGAACUAAUUUUAAUCUUUGUAUGUAUUUUUCAACUUAAUUUGCUUACAUUUUGUAAGAAAAAAAUGAAGGGAACUAUGACUUUUUAUCAACUAUUUGUUACUGUUGGCCCAUGAUUUCCAACUUUCAUGACCUAGUUUCAGAUAUUUUACUCUUGUAUAUAUCUAUUGUCCUGUCUAUAUACAGGCACAAAUUAUAAAUAUUUUUAACUAAUUCCAAAGUCGUUUCAGUACAUGCAUCAUGUGGUGAUUUGUAGUUCAUAUUAUUGAAUUCCAUGGAUAUUAACAGAAAUAUGUGAAACAUUGCUCAUGAUUAUUUUUUUUCUACCCUUAUCCCAACAUCUCUUGCAGGCAUCAUAUCUAAUUAUCAUAAUAAAUAAGCAAAGCUUGCAAAUGUUUACAUUUUUCAAUGUCGUAGAAAUUGUCCAAGUUAUGGGAAAGGGACAGUAUUACAUAAAAUCCAUCUUGCUGCCGAAUUAUUCCACCUAUUUUGUCGAUUGCACUAAUGUGAGCACCACCCCCUGAUUUAAAGAUGUACUCUGGGAAUUUGGGGGGAGGGAGGGGGAAUGAAAAGGGCAGUCCUGUGCACUGUUCCAAUGGAGUAACUGGAUAGAAAUUUGAGUUCUGCAGUAAAGCCGUCCAACGUUGAUUGGAAUCGAGUCACCGAUCUGAAGUCCACAAAGAAGGUAGGAGAAUUGGUUAGUUGACGUACAUAAUGAUGGAGUGUGCAGCAACAUCCUGUACUCUUCAGCAGUGGGUAAUCAAGCAGCCUAGGCUGACAUGUUAGUACACAUCAAACCACUUGUACUUGACUACAGAAGGUGUACAGAUAGAACAAACCAAGAGCAAAGAGAUGGAGUAAACUAUUUGGCCCAUCUUGCAAGCCUCUGUGUAUUUUCAAAGUGUGCUCUGCAAAAGUGAAAUAAUCACUUAAUAGCCAUUUCUUCGAAUUAUCUAUAAUAACUGGAAAACAUGGUUUAUCAUUUGAAGCAGAUUUUAUGAGGGAAAACUCAGGACAUGCAGAUCUCACAAGAAACUAGUAAAAAUUGCAGAAUCCCUCGGGUUUGCCCUUGAUUGUCCAAAGGAGCUGACCUGCCAUGUACUUGGUGUGAGCUGUGAUAUUCAAGCUUAUGUCAGGAAUAGUUUGCAUAUUGAUUUAAAGGGUUGAAAUUGAAGGUGGCAUGGUUAAACGGAGCUAACUUAGGAGAAGACUUCCUUAUUUUGAAUCGUAAUAAUGUGGUUCCUAAUAAAGACCAAAAGUGUCCAAUGUGCUCAUUAUUUUUUCUUGCAUUUGACCACUUCUUUCUUCAGUAUCUAGUCUUGGGAGAUGUGAGCUAAUCUAUAGCUGUAGUCACAGUGUCACAGAGCUGUACAGCACAGAAAUAUGCCCUUUGUUUCAAUACAUCUAUAUAGAUUUUUUUUAUUGUCUAUCUUCACUGAUCGCAUGAAUAUGCAUUAGACCGUAUCCAUCUAUACCUCACUUAUUUGAAGUGCCUGUUUAAAUGUCUCUUGAGCAUAGCGAUUGUAUCAGACUCCAGGUCCUCUGGUGGUAUGUUCCCGAUACCAGCCACUUUUUGUGUUUUAAACAAAAAAAAAACCUCCCCUUAAAUCUCCUUUUACAAUUUCUUUCUCUCACUAUAAAUCUCUACCCUCUUGUUUAUGAUACCUCAACCAUGGGAAAACUAACUAUUUAUGCCUCUUAUUAUUCUAUAUACCUCAAACAGGCCAGCCCUUCCUCAUUUGCUCCAGAGAAAACAAGCCCAGCCUAUCCAUAACUCUCCAUAGAUAAAACCCCUCCAAUCCAGGCAACUUCCUGGUGAAUCUUCUCAGUGCUCUCGCCAUUGCCAUUAUAUCCUUCCUUUGGUAAGACAAUUAGAACUACACAAAGCACUCUGCCCAUCAUCAUGCAGUAUACAAACAGGAGCUUUGACCCAUCAUGUCUAUGGCAAUGAUUGAGCACUCAUCCAUCGUAACCCUACCUGGCAAGACUUGGUAAUUCAAGUGUCAGUUUAGAUGCUUCUUAAAUGUUAGCAACACACGACAGGGCUUUCCACAUUUUCAGUUCUCGAUGCUUUUAUUUUCACCAAACCUUUGAUUAUCCUUGCCAUCCAGUGUUCCCUGGACUUGUGGUCCUUUCCCUUCACCCUUUAGCGUAUCACAUCAGUUUGAAUUCCCUCUAUUUUGCUUCUCAAAGACUGCCACUUCUCACAUGAAGUUUUUCCUGUAUAUAGCUGCUCCCAGUCUAUAUUUGCCCAGGUCCUGGCCGUUGCUGCUUGCCCCAGGAGGCCAACACUCCCAAAACUGCGAUAGUAUCCCAUGCAGUAUAUCUGUUUGAGAGGGGAAUGACCACAGGAGACAUUUGCACUAACUCCCUAUGUCUAUUGCUCUUCCUGAUGGUCACCCAUCAGUUUUCUGCCUCUGCAGCAAUUUGUUCUCAUUGAAUGCCCUGUUCACACUGUACUAUGUAUUGUUGAUCCACUGUGAGUCCACUUCCUGCACUCAUCACUGGGGGCACACGAUGUAUCUGAAUUCCUAGAUAAUGCAGGUUCAAGUUCUACCACCUCAUCCUUUGGAUUCAGCACUUGGUUAUUUCCCCUUUCCUUUUAAUUCCAAGUACUAAUUCUGCUGGAGACAACCAGUUUUAAACAGCAGCCCUGCAAUCUAAAAAAUCCCUGAAUGGAACUGCAGGUAGAAUAUGUCCACCUUUGCUCCAGCUGCCUUUACUCCCUCAAGUAUCUUUACUUUUACUUCAGUGAAUAAAAGUGUUUCUAAAAUUGUAGAAUUACCCACUGUUGCUCACCAGUCGCCUUCCUCCCCAAAGCCCCUUCACUCACCAAAGUGCGUAGACUACUGUGGAAAUUAAGAAAUAGUUUUCUGAAACCACCAAUUUAAGGAAAUGCAUUUAAUUGGAGUUUAAAAUGUUACUCCAUAUUUGGGUUACUUCAGAGUGACAGAGAAGUUGCUUUUGAAUCUUAUAAUUCGGUGUCAAACAAAAGAACCUGGUAAGAUAGGGACACUGCCAAACAAUUGACCAAUAACUUCUUAUUAGUCCUGCAAUAAUUACAUAAAAAUCAGAAGUUUGUGGGAAAUGUUGUGUUGCACCUUGCCAAGAUAAUGUGUGCUGCGCUGGAGGAUCAUCGAUCCUAAAAUGGUGUUCCUCCCUUCGCAUCAAGUCAUCUUGCAGAACAGUGUGUGCAAUCAGGCCUCUAACUUUCCAUUCAUGUUUAACAAUGAAAACAUUUAUGUGGGUGAGGAAGGAGAUGCAGUAGAUCUCUGGAUGACGCAUUCCACAGUCAGAAGGAUUGGCUGCUAAAGAAUGGUUGAAAUUUACACCAGACAUAUUAAAAAGGAAAUAACUCAACCCUCUAACUGUUUUGCUGCACUCUUAACAUCUGUCAUUGGGAUUGUAGUUAAAAAUGUAAUCUGGUGGUGUGUGCCUUUAUUCGAUCUUUGGGAUGGCGAUAGAAGCAUUUGUUCUGAGUUUAUGCUGCCUCAAUAGGAAUGAAAAUCGAGUGAAAAAUCCAGUAAUUUAGAUCUUAUCUAAACAUGCACAUUAUUCUGUACUUUCAAUCUCACAAUUUGGGGAAAGGUAUUCUGUUCCUACUGUCUUCAUGCUAUGGGAAUUUUAACCACAUUUUAUUGAGUCACUAAUUUUUGUGUUACGCACUGGAGUAAAUUAUUGCCUUAGCAACAUAAUGUUAUCAGAUCCAUCCACUAAAUUGAUAAAGUAGAUUAUGCAAGUAAUUUUACUUCAAAAAACAUUUAAAGGAGAGACGGCCGCGAAGCAAGCCAACCACAUUUCAAACAAAUGAAUUUCACAGAAUUAUUGAUUUGUGCUAAAUGUAUGCGUUGGAAAUAGAAUAUGAUAAGUAUCCUUAAUUUUAUCAUCCUCCUUUAAUUGAAAUUAUUUCCAUCAUCGUUGAUUUAAUAUUCUUGUCAAUAAUAACCAUAUUUUUUAAAUUCCUUUAGCAUGCAUUUCCUGAGCUAUUUAAGUUUGAUGUGAUUUUUAAAAAAAAGUAAAAGUACCUUGAUUUUGCUUGUUUCCAAUUUUAUAAUGAAAAAUUACUGUGAUUAUAAUCUGUAUUUUGCACAAGCAGUUUUCUGAGGGUAGCAUGAAUUGUGCCUGUUGCUUUCCAGGUGCAGUGACAUGUUCCAAUCCAUAACACAACCAACUCCUGUGGAUCCGUUUGUCCUAAUAAUUUCUUUAUGGAUAACUGUGUCCAAAAAUCUUCAGUUCCUGCCAAGGUUUGCAUGACAAUUCCAGAAGGUUAAGUUUUCACGAAAUCUAGUAUUGAAAUAUCUUCAAUAUUCCCCGAUGUUUUGUAUUUUUUUCACCUAAAAAUUGAUCUGGGUUUUAACAGGAUUCAUUCCAAUACAACAACGUUUUUAUAUGCUGUUCAAAAGGGAAAUGGCUUUAAAUAAUGCUGAAUCACAAUUUCAGCUCAUAGCUUUAUUAACGUGUUUUUCAUCUGGUGAUUCUCAUUUUUGAACUCUGCAUUGAUGUAUAUUUUCCCCUGCGAUGUUUUUGUAAUAAACUGAUAUAUUGAUGCACUUUAGUGUUUUAGAUUUUCAUGUAAUUGUUUGGAAAUGUAAAUUUAGCAAUCAAACAACAUACUAAUAAAACAAAUUUCAGUAA